AUGACCACGGCUUCAUCAGAAACACGAGCCCUCUGCGGGCGGUUCCGGCGGAAGCGGGACUCCGGAAGACUGCAGUUGCCUAGCAACCGGAGGAAAGGCGUAAACACCCGUCAGCCAAUCAGAACAGUGUUCAUAGCGUGUACAGAGACUGAGGACACGCCCCCCCAGACACGCCCCACCGCCGCCAUGGACACGAGCCGUGGACGCGUCCGUCUCCAUCCGCCGUCAGCAGCAGCCCCCGCCUACUGGGACUCCGUUUCCAGGGAGACGGAGGCAGCCCCCGCCUACUGGGACUCCGUUUCCACGGAGACAGAGGCAGCCCCCGCCUACUGGGACUCAGUUUCCACGGAGACGGUGGCAGCCCCUGCCUACUGGGACUCCGUUUCCACGGAGACGGAGGCAGCCCCCGCUUACUGGGACUCCGUUUCCACAGAGACGGAGGCAGCCCCCGCCUACUGGGACUCCGUUUCCACGGAAACGGAGGCAGCCCCCGCCUACUGGGACUCCGUUUCCACGGAGACGGGGGCAGCCCCCUCCUACUGCGACUCCGUUUCCACGGAGACGGAGGCAGCCCCUGCCUACUGGGACUCCGUUUCCACGGAGACGGAGGCAGCGCCCGCCUACUGGGACUUCGUUUCCACAGAGACGGAGGCAGCCCCCGCCUACUGGGACUCCGUUUCCACGGAGACGGAGGCAGCCCCCGCCCCCUCUUCGCGCUGCGCCUGUUGUUUUUUUCUCUACCUCCUUCUCUCAGUUGUUCCGGUGCCAUUCUCGGACGUCACCCCGGUCCUUAAGGAGGGGGGGGGACGUAGCUCGCCGUCAAGGGUCAAAGGGCGGGGUUGUUUACAUCCAUCGUCCCGAACUAUUUCCGGUUCUGGUUGCCAGAUGCCGGAGUUGCCAUCUGGACCAGGUCUCUGCUCUAUGCAGAUGAUGUGGUUCUGUUGGCGCAGCGUCGCCUUGUCGUCGUUUUGA